AUGGGCUGCGUCCACGGCCGCCCCUCCGCCGUUCCUACUCCCGACCGCCCGCCUCCCGAGCCGAAGCCCGAGCAGGCGCCGCCGCAAGAGGGCGACAAGUUCCCGGCCACGGCCGAGAAGCCCGCCAGGAAGGAGAGGCGGUCCCGGUCGUCGCGCUCGGUGGCCGAGGCCCGUCUCGGCGGCAGCUUUGCCAACAGGGCACGCGGGGAGCAGGUCGCCGCCGGCUGGCCCGCCUGGCUCUCCGCCGUCGCGGGCGAGGCCAUCGACGGCUGGACCCCGCGUCGCGCCGACUCUUUCGAGAAGAUCGACAAGGUACGCGCGCCCCUUCCCCAGGCCUUUUGUGGGCAGAUCGGCCAGGGCACGUACAGCAAUGUGUACAAGGCGCGGGAUACCGUGAGCGGCAAGAUCGUGGCGCUCAAGAAGGUGCGCUUCGACAACCUCGAGCCCGAGAGCGUUCGCUUCAUGGCCCGCGAGAUCCUCAUCCUCCGCCGCCUCGACCACCCCAGCGUCAUCAAGAUCGAUGGCCUCGUCACCUCUCGCAUGUCCUGCAGCCUCUACCUCGUCUUCGAGUACAUGGAGCACGACCUCGCCGGGCUGGUCGCCAGCCCGGAUAUUAAAUUCACCGAGCCACAGGUUAAGUGCUAUAUGAACCAGCUGUUGUCGGGGCUGGAGCACUGCCAUGACCGCGGGGUGUUGCACCGUGAUAUUAAGGGGUCGAAUCUGCUUUUGGAUAACAAUGGCAUGUUGAAGAUUGCAGAUUUUGGUCUGGCGUCAUUCUUUGAUCCAAGCCGUAAGCAACCAAUGACAAGCAGGGUUGUGACACUAUGGUACCGCCCACCAGAGUUACUUUUGGGCGCGACCGAUUAUGGGGUGGGCGUGGACCUAUGGAGCGCGGGAUGUAUACUCGCGGAGUUGUUGGCUGGGAGGCCUAUUAUGCCAGGCCGAACCGAGGUGGAACAGCUGCACAAAAUUUUUAAGCUGUGUGGCUCCCCCACAGAAGAAUAUUGGAAAAAGUCGAAGUUGCCUCAUGCAACGAUAUUUAAGCCUCAGCAGCCAUACAAAAGACGAAUAACGGAUACAUUCAAAGAUUUUCCACAAUCCGCACUGCGGUUGAUUGAAACACUGCUUGCAAUUGAUCCGGCUGAUCGUUUGACAGCGUCCUCUGCAUUAAGAAGUGAUUUCUUUACCACUGAACCUUAUGCAUGCGAACCAUCGAGUCUCCCAAAAUAUCCCCCAAGCAAAGAAAUGGAUGCAAAGCGAAGAGAUGAAGAAGCCAGACGUUCAAGAGCUGCUGGUGGUAGACCUAAUGGUGAUGGAGCUAGCAAGGCAAGGACACGUGACCGGCCCAGGGGAGCUCCAGCUCCAGAGGCAAAUGCCGAGCUUCAAGUAAAUAUUGAUAAAAGGAGGAUAGUAAGUCAUGCAAAUGCGAAAAGCAAGAGUGAAAAGUUUCCUCCCCCGCAUCAGGAUGGUGCAGUUGGUUUCCCUUUGGGUUCUUCAAAUCAAAUGGACCCACUGUAUGAACCCCCAGACCCAACUUCCUUCAGCACUGUGUUUUCUCAUGAGAAAAGCUCCGUGCCUACUUGGUCUGGACCAUUGGUCAAUUCUUCCGCAGUUGGGAACCAAAAGCGGAAACACAAGUCCAGCCGCUCAUCAAAACAACCGUCCACUGCCCGUGCUCGACUGGGGAAGGAACUCAAGUAG